AUGCCCUCCAAGGACAAUGCGCCUUCUUCCGUCGCCGAUUCACAGCUCGAUGGAGGCAUCCCGCAAGGAAAAGAGCCCGCGCUCAUCGAGCCCGAGUAUGAGGUCGAGGUCAAGCUGGCCGACAUGCAGGCCGACCCCAACAGCCCUCUGUUCUCUGUCAAAAGCUUUGAGGAGCUGAACCUGAAGCCAGAGCUCCUUCGCGGAAUCAUGGAGAUGAACUUCCGCUCGCCGUCCAAGAUCCAAGAGCGCGCUCUGCCCCUCCUACUGCACAACCCGCCGCAGAAUAUGAUUGCGCAAUCCCAAUCCGGUACUGGAAAGACAGCCGCCUUUUCGCUCAACAUGCUCACGCGCAUCGACCUCAAUAACUUGGCUCCACAAGCCCUAGUCCUCGCCCCGAGCCGAGAGUUGGCCCGACAGAUACUGGGUGUCAUUCAGCACAUGGGACAGUUCAUGGAGGGCCUGGUCGUGACCCCAGCUAUUCCAGACCCGACCCACAGGAACAAGAAGUUCGAAGGCCAGAUCAUUGUUGGGACUCCAGGAACGGUCAUGGACAUGGUUAGGAGGAAGUACAUCGACUCGAAGCAAUUGCAGAUCCUGGUUCUUGACGAGGCCGACAAUAUGCUGGAUCAACAAGGCUUGGGCGACCAGUGCAAACGCGUGAAACAGAUGCUGCCACGAAAUAUCCAGACUGUCCUCUUCUCGGCCACCUUUCCUCAUGAUGUUCUCGACUUCGCCCAACUCUUUGCUCCCAAGGCCAACCAGAUCACGCUCAAGCACGAAGAGCUCACAAUCGAAGGAAUCAAGCAGCUAUACCUAGAUUGCGAUGGACUGGAAGACAAAUUCGCUGUGCUGCUCAAAUUCUACGGCCUCAUGACUACCGCUUCUUCUAUCAUCUUCGUCCGAACUCGUGCUACUGCAGCUCAACUGGAGCACCGCAUGGUCGCCGAAGGCCACACGGUUGCGCAACUGAGUGGUGGACUAGAGGGGCCGGAGCGCGACAUCAUAAUCGACAAGUUCCGCAACGGCGAAGCUAAGGUGCUCAUUACGACGAACGUGCUUGCGCGUGGAAUUGACGUUCAGUCCGUCACCAUGGUCAUCAACUAUGACAUCCCCACCCACGCAGACGGUUCCCCAGAUCCAGAGACCUAUCUCCACCGUAUCGGCCGCACUGGUCGCUUCGGACGUGUCGGUGUCGCUCUUAGCUUCGUGCACGAUCGCGGAAGCUGGCAGGCACUAGCCGACAUCGCCGCCCACUUCAAGACGGACCUCAUCGCAGUCGAUCACAAGGACUGGGACUCUGUGGAAAAGAUGGUGAAGAAGGUCAUCCGGAGCUCACGCGCCGGCAAGUCCACGAAGGACAUGAACAAUCAAAUGCAAAUGGACGGCUCCGCGGACGACUGA